AUGACAAAGCUGUGUGCCGUGUGUUUCAAAGCUCUUCAUAUUUGCUGUCUGACAGGAUGCUGGGGCAUCAGCAAACACGAAGAUUCCGUGCCUUAUGAGAAGGCUUCACCUGCGCAUGUUAUGGAAGGCACUGAUGCUGAAGAUGGAAAACCAUUACUCGUACUAAAUAGCAUUGAACAAAAGGAACUUAGGAAGGCAAGUGAAGUCCAACUCACUGAUUGA